UUCGUGGGUGAGAAGAGGGAGUCUGCAGAGGGGAAGAAUCCCUGCUCCCGCCGAAGGGGAGGAGGGUUCGUGCGGAGAUCCGUCAGGAAGGGAGAGCUAGGGCGUGCUCGAGUGCCGGGCAGCGGCCUGGCUUCUCCCGAGAAGGGGCUCAUUCCUGGGUCGGCUGAGGGCGUUCCGAAGUCUCCCGAUGGAGUCUUCUCAUUCACAGGUUAAGGCUACUUUUCCAGAUAAUCCAACAACUAAGUCACCAGUUUCCAAGGGCACUUGCACCAUCAAUGGAAAACAUCAGAUCCAUGUACUCCAGACAGAUCCUUGGCAACUCAUCUCACCAUCCCCCUGCAUAAAAGUUGCUGCACCAGCAGACAAAGGAGGUGACCACUGAAUUUCUUUUUGUUACCAAAUAAAUAUAAUAUCCCUGCCAACAAAAGAGUACACAAAGUGUCUCUUCUUAAUAUCACAACCAAUUGAGACCCUGCCAAGAAAUCAGCUUGCCUAGAUGAGAGCCCUUUCUCUUCUUGGGUAGCCAGGAUUUGAAGGAGAGACUGACCCGUACCACUGGUGAGUAACUAACUCUUACACCCUGAACUGGUCCUGAGAACUGAACUGUCUUCUUUGUAAAUGAAGAAUAUACAACAUAAUCUUGAAGAACUGCACAUUAUUGCAAGCCAGAGGCAUAGUGUGUGUGUGUAAUGGACUGAGAAACAGACAAAUGAAUCUUACUGAAGGGAUUUUUUCAUCUUUUGCUUCUAUUGGCCAAUGUUAGUGUUUUGCUGGCCUGGAUUGUUUCCUUCUUCUGGUUCCUUUUUUCUAUACUGUUGUUCUCUUCUAAUGGGUCCUAGAAAUCCCUCUCCUGACCCAUUAUCAGAAUCAGAAAGUGAGGAAGAAGAAAACGCUAACUACCUAAAUGAGAGUUCUGGAGAAGAGAGGGAUUCCUCUGAAGAAGAGGACCCUGUGGUGUCCUGCCUAACACCUCUGGAGAGUCUUGCCUGGCAGGUUAAGUGCCUUUUAAAAUAUUCUACAACUUGGAAACCUUUAAAUCGUAAUUCCUGGUUAUAACAUGCUAAACUCUUGGAUGCUAGCACACCAGUCCAUAUACUUCGAGGGAUAGGUCUAAGACUCUCCCAUUGUUCCCAUUGUGUACCCAAACUGGAACCAAUUUCCGAAUGGCCUCCUCUGGCUUCUUGGGGCGUCCCACCUUUUCAGAAGCCCCUUAUGAAUCCCAGCUGGCUUUCUAGAGAUCAUGCCACUUUAAAUGGAGCACUUCAACUUGCCACCAAGCAGUUAAGCCAAACUUUGAGUAGAGCCACUCUCAUACCUGAAUACCUAAGACAAAUUCCUAAUUCGUGUGUUUCUGGUUGUUGCUGUGGCUGGUUAACUAAAACAGUUAAGGAAACAACCCGCACCAAACACAUCAACACUACCUACUCCUACACUGACUUCCAAAAAGCAGUUAAUAAACUCCUAACUGCAUCCCUAUAAAGAUACAUCAUUCCGGAGUUCCCGUCGUGGCGCAGUGGUUAACGAAUCCGACUAGGAACCAUGAGGUUGCGGGUUCGGUCCUUGCCCUUGCUCAGUGGGUUAACGAUCCGGCGU